AUGGGAUAUGCAUUUGCGAUUCUCGCUCUUCUCUUCCCGGCCUUGAUCAUCCUCCAUCUCCUCGUCACUCCAUACACCAAAGUCGAGGAGUCGUUCCAUAUCCAGGCCGUACAUGAUAUCUUGGCCAACGGGCUACCAAAUGGAUUUAAUGACCCGAAUCUCCACCGCGCCGACUAUGAUCAUUUCUCUUUCCCUGGGGCUGUUCCCCGGAGCGCCGUUGGCGCUGCGGCGCUCGCUAUGCUCUCAAAACCCGUGAUCUGGUUGAAUGAUGGGAUCAACCGACAGUUAUUAGCUCGCGCUAUCCUGGGCCUAUUCAACGCCUCAUCUCUGGCAGUCUAUGCAAGAGGCCUGCGCCGUAGCUUCGGUCAGCCAGCAGCUAUCUGGUAUAUCCUACUCCAAGCAAGCCAGUUCCAUUUGAUAUUCUACGCUUCAAGGCCACUAUCAAACAUGUUCGCCUUCGGCAUUACAACACUAGCAAUGCGUCUGCUCCUCCCAAGCCCUGCUCCAACAUCCCAAGACCAAAAACAAUGCAGCCUUGCACUCGCCCUCCUCACCAUCGCAGGCGUAGUCUUCCGCUCCGAACUAGCCCUCCUAGUCGGAACCCAGACCCUCUUCCUCCUAGCAACGAAACGAAUCAGUCUCAAACACAGCAUAAUCGCAGGUUUCAUAGGCCUAGCCACCGGCCUAACCCUCACAAUCUUCCUCGACAGCACCUUCUGGCAACGCUUCCCCCUCUGGCCCGAAUUCGAAGCCUUCCGCUUCAACGUCCUGGCAGGCCAAUCAUCAGAAUGGGGCACAGAUCCAUGGCCAUUCUAUUUCCAAAACGCCCUGCCCCGUCUCCUCUUCAAUCCCCUCAUCUACCUCCUCGCCAUCCCCGUCGCCCUACGCCAAGCAGCAACCCGAUCCCCAGCCCUGGCACUUCUAAUCCCAGCGCUUUCUUUCGUCGCUCUGUACAGCUUCCAGCCACACAAGGAAUGGCGCUUCAUCGUCUAUAUCAUCCCUUCCCUGACCGCUGUAGCCGCCCUCGGUGCUGCGUAUCUCUGGACGCAUCGCUCGCGCUCUCUCUUCGCUCGUCUGGCGACUCGCGCCUUGGCUAUCUCGACUCUCGCUGUGUUCUGUUUGUCGAAUUUUGUGCUUCUUCCUGUGUCCGCGGCGAAUUAUCCUGGUGGUCAGGCUAUCGAUGCUAUGCAUCAUCAACACGGUAUUCUUCAUGAUACCGAGUUGCAUUCUGGGAUGACUGGCUCUCCUAUCAAUGUCUACCUAGGUAACCUCGCCUGCCAAACGGGUGUAACACGCUUCUUGCAACACCCCCUUCAUCGGGAUAAGGCCGUCAAAUCCACUAGUGGGUUCUGGGAUCGGUUUGAUUAUGUUGUUGUCGAGGCGGAUGAGGAGGCUGGGUUUAUGGAUGCUGAUGAGACGAGUCUCCGGCAUGCGCUUUCUUCUUCCGAUUGGGAGAGGGUGCAUAUAGUAGAUUCGUUUGCGGGGAUUUCGGUUUUGAAGCCUGGGACUCCUGCUAGGGGGAUUGCGGAGCGGCGUGUUAUUGAUACUAUCGGGGGUGCGCGUGCUGUUGCGUUGUUCGAGCGUCUGCGCGAGUAUGUCAGGGAUUCUUUGUUGCGUGGGUGGUGGGUUGAGGUUAAGAUGAGACCGAGGGUUCAAGUGUUAAGACGGGUGAGGGAGGGAUCUAAUUUUUAG